GAUACAUGUGUUUCACAACCUCGCAAUAAACACCGUAAAAAUUCCCGGCCUUGUUCCUGCUGCUCCUGCACUGUACUUAGUCGAGCGUUUGCAUAGUAUCAGUGCGCAAUGCUAAUAUAGCUCGUUAAAUAUCUCAUUUUUGUGAGAAAAUAUCUGGAUAUGACAGUGUAAAUACUCAACCUAAUAGGAUAGAACUCAAUUAUGAUAUUCUUUAAAUUACUCCUUUGUAUAAAAAAUAAUCUAGAGUUAGAAAAGUCCAGAAUUUUGUGGUCAAUGAUUCAUCCGCUCUCCCUGACCUUUGACUUGAUUGAAUGCAUGCAUAAUGCACUGAAUUGCAUGCAUUGAAAUUGCCAGUGUCUUGAACGUAUGUGUGCAACGUGGGCAACGCCAUACAGGCUCGAUACUUUCCAGUGCAUGUGUGAUAUGAAGUGUGUGUGUAACGUAUGAGAAGCCAUACACAUGUGUUCUGUGCGGCAUACUGCGCUAGCUAGAUGCACGAGAACGAUUUUGCAGUAACAUUUUUCGCCGAAACUUCAGCGAGCGACUUUCGACGAAACCCCGUGCAUGCAGCUAGGUGCUACGGUACCUGAAUUAGAACCUCCGAUGUGGCACCGAGUCUUGCAUCAGAUCUUCACCGCUCGACGCCGACCAUAACUCGACGUGCUUGCUUGCCGAAAGUCCCGGGUGUUUGGAUUGUCGAGUUACGCUUAGGUUAGGGCCCUGUCUUGGGAGUGGGAGAAUAAUUACCUCACCUUAAUGAGUUGGAUAAUGUAACAUGGAUCCAGAACUUAGAAAGUCUAAUGAACAUUGGAUCGAGGCAUCAGCAGCUACUUCAGAAUGGUUCCCAGAGAAGCAGUACCAGGCCCAGAAGACAUGGUUCCAGUCCUUCUGUCUGCGGGUCCUCAAGUGUGGUCCCGUGCCUCAGCAUGUAGCCUUCAUCAUGGAUGGCAAUCGCAGAUUUGCUAAGAAGAAGUCUUUUCAGACCCUAGAUGGGCAUUCACUUGGUUUUGAGAAAUUAGCGGAGACUCUACAAUGGUGUUUAGAUCUAGGUAUUACAGAAGUCACCGUCUAUGCAUUCAGUAUAGAAAACUUCAAGAGAUCAAGGCAAGAAGUGGACGGACUGAUGGAAUUGGCAAGAAAGAAAUUUCUCAGAUUAUUAGAAGAAAAAGAUCAAAUCAUGAAGCAUGGUGUCUGUGUACAAGUUAUAGGAGACCUCAACCUCCUACCCAGGGAUGUGCAAGAAGUUGUUGCAGAAGCCAUGUUUAUAUCACGUAAUAACACAAGGGCAACACUAAAUGUAUGUCUAGCGUAUACCUCCAGGCAGGAGAUGGCCAAUGCAGUCAAGGAGGUAGCUCUAGGAGUAGAAGAAGGAAUCCUCUUCCCAAGUGAUGUUUCAGAGGAAUUAAUAGAGCAAUGUCUGUAUACUAAUAGAUGUAAAGAUCCUGAACUACUGGUGAGAACGUCGGGGGAAGUCAGGCUAAGUGACUUCUUAUUAUGGCAGAGCGGCUAUUCAGUACUGUCUUUCGUUGAGGUGUUAUGGCCAGAGUUCUCCAUAUGGCACUUGUUUGCAGCAGUUCUUCACUACCAAACCAAAUAUAAUGCAGUACAGACUGCAAAGGAAGCCAUGUUGGACAAUAGGAGGAGAGCCGUCCUGGAAUCGGACCACAGAUGCGUUCUGGAUCAAUUAAACAACAGUAAUCAAACAACGAUCUCGGAUCAUAUAGAAACGCCUAGCAAUGAGGAUUCAUUCCAUAAAAGACUUUCAAAGUACACGCGUGAUCGUGAGUCGAGGAUAGCAAAGUUUCUAGGAUCACUUCACAAGAGGAGAGAAGACUUUUUAAUUAGUUUAUUACCUGAAAGAACUCGAUGCCAACUUGUAUCCUAAUUCUGCUAUUGGAGUAUUCCAGCAACUUUCCAAUUUGUUUUGUUUCUUUUUCUUUUUAUUGUUCCAAGAAUUUUAUGAAUGAAUAUAUAAGAGAGAUUUAAUAUUGUGUUUAUAUUUUGAACAAGUACUGAUGAGGAAAUUAAAUAUUGACUACUGAGAGGGCAAUUUGGGCCUUUUUGUAAGUUUAAGUGAAAAUAUAAUUCUAAACAUGAUGAAAAUCUCAUUCAAAUUUUUAAGCACAAGUUUUUGAAACGGUGCUAUGUUAUCAUAUCGUAUGCAGUCAAAUUAAUGAGUUGAUAAUCCUCUCAUUUGUUCUUUAUUUGUUCAUAGAAAAGUAAUAAAUUUUGCAAACUUGGUGACUUGUUAAUGUAAUAAAUUCCUAAUGAAGCACAUAACUCAUUAUGUGAUUACUGCUGUACAAGAACUGAUUAUCAUGAUUACACAUGGAAACGACCGUUUUGAAAUUGGAUUUUGAUUAGAUUCUGAAUUGGAUUACAUGGGGAGUGGUUAGAGAACAAUAUCAAUAUUACUUGUUUGGAUAUGUGAUGCAUCUUUUUACUGAAUAAAAUUCAAUGUUGAGAACAUUUUGAAAAUCCUAGGGGUGAUUUACAGAGAGAUAAGUCUGACAUAAAAAUUUGCAUAAGUGCCAACAUACACAUGGUAUUUAACAAGUAUAUCUCAUUGAUUAAUAUACAAUACAUGUAGAGGGCAUCUCAAAAAUUCAUAACGCAACUUGAUAUUUUACGUGUUGUGUUUUUAGUCUUACUUAAAUCUUUGUGAAACACCCUCAUAACUCCUAUUUUUGCUGUAUUUGAUGAAGCAUUUCCAGUAUUUAUGAAAUUUUUGUUAUUCAUUUAAACUUGCAAAUUGGUUAAACUUGCCCUUUAAAUAUGAAUGAGGUAUUUGCAUCCAUAUAUUUCCAAUGAUUUUAUUCAUUUCUUCAAAUGACAAUUUAAAAUACAUAUCAGAUGUAGUAUAAAAUUGAAUUAUAAAAUCAUGCUCGGCAAUCACAGUGUUGCCAUUUUGAAGAUUAAUGCUUAUAAUUGCAACCCAAUAUUAAAAUAAUUCAAUGAACUUCUUUUAGUUCAUAUUCAUGAGAAGGAUGUGAGAAUAUGUGGACUGCCCUACACUGUAUAAAAGACUUUGCCAUAAUACCUCACAUACAACGAUUUGUUCUAUUCUUAUGAUAACAUGUAACAACUUUGCAUUUAGAUCAUUCCAAAGUCCAUUCUUCUCUCUCCCGUUUUGUGAUUAUCAAUCACAAUUGCUCCCAGCCAAUAAAAUUCCAUGAUGUCCGUAGCAAAUAACAAUUUUCUAUCUUAGCCGUGUGUAUGGUUAUGAAAAAUUCUUGCUCCUGAAGAUGACAAGAACUUCCUUGUUGAAAAUGAGUUUUGGGUACUGAUUUUCAGAAUCGAAGACCUACCCAAGAAAGGUUAUAGAAUGUAAUAACAAUAAUGACAAUAAAAAAUAACAAAUUAACAAAACAUUUCUUUUCAAUUCUUCUUAAUUUCCUUUGACAUUCUUGGGAAGCGCCUUGAGCACUCUACAGAGUGGUGUUGGGGCAGUACAAGUCCAAUUUAUUAUCGUAAAAUUCAUAUAGGGUAUUUGUAUAGAGCACAUGUCCACCUUGUUUGUUGCUCAAGGUGCUCCUAUAUUACCCUGACCAAGCGAGGCUACUGAUUCUGUGUUCACACUAUUCUGAGGAAUUAACUUCCUGCGUACCCGUAUACCUCACCUGGGUAGAGUGCAGCACAGUUUGAUAAAUUUCUUGCUGAAGGAAAUUAUGCCAUGGUUGAGAUACAACCCUCUGUUUCAAAGUCUGGAGACUCAUCAACUGGGCCACAAUGCUCGACAAAAGUGUACCCCUAUGAGUAUGUUGAUUUCUUCUAAGCCAUGGAAGCCUCCAGAGGUUAUCCAAUAAUGAAAGUUUGUAACACUAGUUUAUUAAUGUCUCAAAUGUCAUUAAGUUGUUUGAAUCGGGACACGGGCCUCUGCUACAUUCUGCUCCAAUAAUAGUCAUUUUAUUUAAUGAAAUAGCACAAAGUCAUUUCAUUGCAGUCAUUCAAAUAGAAAGUUCCUCUACCAUUAUCAUCAAAGACAAGUUUUCAUUAAUUCAAUCCAAGAGGAAUAUUUUCUAUUAUAGAUCUUGGAUAUUUUUGGUAUGGGCUUGCCAUCACUUUAUGCAAAAUCUAAGAAAAUAUUCAUCCCUAUAUCAUCAAUACCAAAUGCUUGUAUACAUGCACUUGACUUGAUCAUUGAACACAAUCACAUAAUCCACAGAAAUUUCAACAUGACUAGAUCUUAAAGUUUGGGUGUAAAUUAAAAUUUUGCUUGAGAUAUGUAAGUUCUCACUUGCUUACAAAAUCAAACUAACUGAAAAUUAUUUCUGUUGCUAUCUCCAAUUAUUAUUAUUUUUUUAUUGAUUUGUUCUGGACCCUGUAACAUAAAGCUUCGCUGAAAUCUAUGAUUGAUUGCAUUGAUUAUUGUGUAUAAUCUCAGUUUCUACAUGAAUGAGCAAUCAGUAGGCUUUAUACUUCCAUCCCCUGCAUUCCAGGCUCACAUUUCAUAAAACUUGUUAUAAUAACAAAUCUACAAUAACAGUUAAAAGCUACUGAAAUCAUUCAAGUUGAUUGGCUGAUUGUGAUCUUGUUAUAGAGAUUGUGCAUUUGUUAUUAUAACAAGUCUUUAUGAAAUGGAACCCAGAUUUGAUUGUAGGUUAAGUUUAAGUUGAGCUUUCACAAUGUUUUUGUUCAGAAUUCUAUGAAUAUCCACUCACUCCUCUGCUUUGAAAGACAGUAUUUAAAAAAUGUAUUUGAUACAUGUACAUUUAUGCCAUUCACGAACAUAGUCAUGUAUACAUAUAAGUACAAGAUUAUUUCCUAGUCGUUAAUUCCUCUUAAUUUUGCAAGUCAGUCCUCACUAAGAAUUUCCUCUUUUUUUGGUGUGGAAAAUGUUCGGAAUGUAAACAUCAUGGUACUUAUGGUGUUUAAUGUUAAAGAAUGCAAUAUACCGGUAUUCCCUUCUAAUCUAGAAUAAUAUUAACAAUCAUGAAAUAGAAUAAUUGUCAUACAAAACAGGGUAUUAUACUAAUGUUAUAAUUUUGCUUUGCACUAAUGACAUAUCAGAACAAUGUCUCUUGUGCUUUACAGAUGAACAAUAAUCCCAAUCAUCAAAUUCUGGCUUCUGCUCAUAAUAAGUGUAAAUGGUGUAAAGUGUAAAUGGUAGUGAUUUUUUUAUCUGAUUGCUAAGAAAGCAUGAAUGCUUGUAAGCAAGUAACCAGAGGACUGAUGGCUUAAGGUCCUCUCUGGGGGACCUGGUAAUGAGGAUUAAUGCCUUACCAAAGGGCACUAGCGCACCAAGUGGGAAUCGAACCUGGGUCACAGGAAUUUGAAACCCGGCUCUACCAACUGAGCUAUCAUGCCUCCUCAAAUAUAUCUACAAUAUCCACUCCUUGGGGAGUAAUACCGGUUCCAGCAAUGAGCAGUCGAGUCCCUCGACUUGCCAGGCCAACUCAUCAAUGUUUGCAUCCUACCUGGUACCCAUUUAUCGCCUGGAUGGAGAGUGGCAAAUGUAGGUUAGCAUGCCUCUGAGAGGCUAGUAGUGGUGCAAUGGGAUUUGAACCCCAGACCUCAUGGUUUAUAGUUCUAGGACUUCUCAUUGACCCUCUAUGCCAUUAAUUGGUCCCUCGGAGAGGACCUUAAUACCUUGGUCUCAUUUGCUCUACGGUGGCCGUAUGGCGAGUCGAAAACAGCCAUUUGAAUUUUUCUUUUUUACCAGCUAUACAUAGGUGGUUGAAUAAAAAUGAAUAAAACGGCUGUUUUCGACUCGCCGUACGGCCGCCGUAGAGCAAAUGUGACCAAGGUAUAAGCCAUGGUCCUCUGGUUGCUUACUUACGUACAAGCAUUCAUGCCUCCUUAGCAAUCGGGUAAAAAAUCACUACCAUUAUACCAGUUUAGUCUUUCAUUCCUGUGUCUAUUUCCCGUCCAAGUGCAACACAAAAAUGUUGUGGGCAUUUAUCUACAUUUGACGCUCUACCCAAGCCGGAAAAAAUAUAAAUUCUGUAUUUCCUACUUUUGUUUAUUCCAAAGUGUCAUUUAUUCUUAACUCUCUUGUAAUUAUGAGGGCUAUUUUUUCAUGUUUUGGUGGUUAAAUUGUCCUCAGCCCCCUUCAAAUUCAUAUUUGGGGGGGGGGGUCAUUUUUUUUCUCCUUUUUAUUUUUCGUUGCGCCCAAAGUAUAUUUGUCACCUUACAAUCAUUUUAGGGGCUGUGGAAGAACAGUAACGUUGUUGAGGUUCCCAAGGGUAACCCAAAAUAAAAUUUUCUGUGAUUUUAGUAAAUGGAAUACUGUAUGCAGCACUUUUAUGACAUUUUCCUGUCACAAAUGGUAACAAUAUAUUGCGGACUUUUCAUCAAUACAAACCAACUAUUGUAGGUCUGGUCAUAUUGAAAUACAUGUAAUGUUUAUCUAAUUGAAAAUGGAUGUGACAAGAAUUAAAAGCUUCCUAUAGAGUUUAUUUUAGCAUUUUUAUGAUUGAUAUUCACUCAGAUUUGUCUUCUCAAUGGAUUCAUCAGUUAAGUAUAGGAUGAUGUUGGAAAAGGAUAGUGGGGAACUUGAUUGGUCAGAAUACAAAUUUGACCUACAUGUACCAAUUGGCAAAUAUCAAUUCCAAUAAAAUAAUUGUUUAUGCCAUGGUUUUACAUA